CAUGACAUAAGUAGUAAACGCGUGCCUCCAGUCCAGGGUACUGGGCACUUGGGCCACCCUCCUUGACUUCUAGUACACCAUGUCCCAGUCCAACACACUCCAACUUAAUUGCUGGUUUAUCGAAGACGACCCCAGACAUAUCUUCGUUAUCAGAAUCGAAAGGACCCAGAUUGUCGCUGACUUGCAAGAACUCGUCAAAACUAAGAACGUCUGCAAGGUUGUCCGCGACAUUGAUUUGAACGACCACGAAUUGAGGUCUUUGCUUCCGUACCUCGAGCUUUUUGAGGUUGAGUUGGGCGCCUGGUCCCCUCUCUCGGAAGUGUUUCGAAACCAACCAGAUGGUAACUAUCUCCAUAUUGUCGUCUCGCGUCCAAAAGUCGAAAAGGUUGCAGGUGGAUAUAUGAGUAAAAUAAUACAGUGUUUUUUUGGCCCUCUUUGGGUGUAUUUGACGAAGCAAUGAGCAACCUCGAGCAACCACUAAUCAUUCCAGAAUUGCCUUCCAAGGCUUUGCCGCCAGCUUUCCGAGUCACUCAAACAAGAGCCUGCCAUGUUUUUUUUGAUAUUUCCGGUGUUCGUUGCGUUAACGCACCAUGGCGUCAUUCAAUCUCUGCAUCACAAUCAGACGUGGAGAUUGUUCAUGCCAUGAAUACAUUUCAAGAGUUUCGCGAACGAACUACAGGAAAGAAGCGGAUCAGGUUCCAGCGCUCACAAGUAUGCCUGCCAAAACUAGUUUGGGUUGUUCAUAUCUCGCGAGCUCCGAAUCUGAGGGAUGACGAACUCAUGACGAUUUCAGAAAGCUG